ACCAAGUUGCCAUUAAAUAUUGGGCAAUUUUAAACAUUGCCCUACUGUAAUUUACAAUAUAAUGAACUCGGUUUAAUAGUCAUCAAGAAGUUUUAGUGAGAAUUGGAUGUGUUAUAUAAAUAAUUAAAUAAUUUCUCUUAUAUCGAAGUACCAUGAUUUCAACUAAAAUAAUAAUUUUUGGUAUAAUUGUGGUUUCUAUUUCUUCAAGUAGCCCAGUAGUGAAUGGUAGGAAUGGAAUAUUUAUGCCUUUCAGUGAAACUUUGGAUACUGUAGAAAAUGUCAUAACAAAUGUAGCUAAAUCUAAAGCUGUCACUCCAGUUGCUCCGGAUUCUGGCCGGACUAAAGUAGUUUUAGAAUCACUAUCAAGAGAAUCUCUUCCUCUUCAAAUUGAUAAUAAAUACGGUAAUCUACAAGAAUUCGUUGCAAAUAUAUUUAAACCUCAACCAAUCGUUGAUACAGCUCGAGAAUAUGAAAAAUAUGGAAACGAUGCUGAAAAAUCAAGGAAAUUAUCAACUGCGAUUAUUGCUGGUUACGAAGGUUUUUCUAACAUCUUGAACACCGCCGUUGAGGUGCCGUUUAUUAAAGCCAAACAAUUCGGAAAGACGUUGACCACAUCGUUAAACACUAUCGGGGACAAAUUAGUGGGAUUAUCCUGAAUAAAAAGUAGAAAUUUACACUGUAAA